AUGUCUCAAUCUCACACAUAUCAGUUCAUUUCUCAUAAGCCAGUCUCAGAUCCAGAGAUGGCCCCGAGCCUCCAGAGAACCCUGACCCGGUCUCGGUCCAGCCUGUGGCGCGGAUGGAGCCCGGGACUCCCUUCUUUCUCAGAGUACGAACGGACUGCAUACAAAUUCCCAUGGCUGCAAGACCCAGACGGCUCAUUCUCCCGACAAAAUCACGGGAACAAGCAUUCCGAUAUUAACCUAGAGACCCCCGGCCCAACAGACCGUUCCCACUUGCUGUCCUAUGACAACACUCAAAACGACCCAUCAAUGAUACCCCGACCAGAAAAGUCAAGUCAUGAACAGGGCAAUCAUUCUGAUGAUUCCGAGGAUCCAGACCUGGCAGGAUGCACCCGGUUCUUCUUUACACUAAACGCUAAUCGAACAACAGAUCCACUGAACCCCAAGAACUGGCCAAAGCACAAGAAAUGGACAGCCACCAUCUUAGUUUCCUGCUUCACUUUCAUAUCGCCAGUGUCCUCGACAAUGUUGGCACCAGCACUUGACACACUUGCCGAUGACCUCAACGUCGAGUCAGACAUUGAGACCUACCUCUUGAUGUCCAUCUUUCUCCUCGCCUACGCGGUCGGCCCCUUUGUGCUGGCGCCGCUAUCAGAGAUGUACGGCCGAGUUGUCGUGCUUCAGUCGGCGAACAUGUUCUAUCUCAUCUUCAAUACUGUAUGUGGCUUCUCCACAUCAAAGGAACAGAUGCUCGCAUUUCGGUUUCUGAGCGGUCUGGGCGGGAGCGCACCUCAAGCUCUUGGUGGUGGUGUACUGAGUGACUGCUUUAGAGCGGAAGAGAGAGGUACGGCAACGGCUAUAUAUGGUCUUGCCCCUUUCCUAGGCCCAGCGGUUGGGCCAAUUGCUGCUGGAUAUCUCACCCAAUACAUGUCAUGGCGCUGGAUCUUUUGGACAGUCUCGAUCGCCGAUGCAGUCGUCCAAAUCCUCGCGCUCCUCUUUCUCUCAGAGACAUACGCACCUAAGAUCCUGGCAGUGAAGGCAAAGAAAUUGCGCAAGCUCACCGGCAACAAAAAUCUUCGCACUGAAUAUGAACGGCCGGAUAAAACUUUUAGCCAGACACUAGGAAAGAAUUUGGUCAGGCCGUUCAGGAUGCUCUUCACGCAGCCAGCGUUGCAGAUUACGGCGCUGUACAGGGCUUAUCUUUACGGGCUGAUGUACCUCGUUCUUGCGUCGUUCCCACUUGUGUGGAGCGAGCAAUAUGACCAAGAACCAGGUCCAGCAAGUCUCAACUACAUUUCACUCGGCGUCGGCUUUGUCAUUGGACUUCAAGUUUCGGGGCCUCUCAUCGACAAGGUUUACCGAACGCUCAAAACGAGAAACAACGACACUGGCCUUCCGGAAUUCAGGAUACCUCUCAUGUUUCCCACAGCCAUAGUCACACCCAUCGGUCUUCUUCUAUACGGCAUAGGGGCACACUUCAAAAUUCAUUGGAUCGUUCCAAACAUCGGCGCAGCGAUCCUGGCUGCGGGGCUGAUUUUGUCUUUCCAGUGCGUACAGACGUAUGUCAUUGAUUCGUAUGAGCGAUAUGCUGCGAGCGCUGCUGGUGCGGCAGCAUUCGUGAGAACCAUGGCUGGCUUCAGCUUUCCUCUGUUUGCGCCGAAGCUGUACGAUGUGCUCGGCAUAGCAUGGGGGAAUGCGCUUCUAUCUGGGAUCGUUCUUGUGAUGGGCAUCGUUGUGCCGGUGGUCAUGUGGAAGUGGGGUGCCUGGCUGAGGAGUAAGAGUCAGUAUUGUGCUGGCUAG